AUGCCAGCCCAAAGGAUGUUCGCACGAACACUUAUAAUCGUCAUACUUCUGAAGAUAUCCUCGGCAGAGACAGGAGAAAAUGGUCAUAUUGGCUUCAAGGACACCGGGACUCACAUCCCUACUCGUCUGUCAUCAAGGGGAAGGUCAAAGGUCAGCCCAGUAUCACCCAGCGUUAUCUGGCCCUCUCACACUCCUACAGCUAGAGAGAACAUCGGAGAGGAUGGACACAACAAGGAUGAGACAGAAGAUAGUGUUGCCUCCAAACCUCCCGGAACGCCUGCUGGUAUUGUCCCUUAUAAGGGCAUGUUACUCCGUACGGCGGACUGUUUGGAUUCAGACAUGGAAACUCCGGUCAAGGUGUUUGACCUCUUUGCAGAUAUGUGGCAGCUGAUCGCCCUAGCGGCCAUGGUGUGCCUUGCAGUCUCCCUGAUUGUGACCUUUGUCCUUUGCGUGCUCCUGUUCCGCAUGCGCGUUACGAAGGAACUGGAGAUGGACUUACAAGACAGGCAGCCCAUGAAACCUGACCUAGGUGACACUACAAGCUAUGUGUCCUACACCAGCCCGGAUGAGGACAUACCUGACGACCAUCCCAUCAAGAUCGCCAUCCAGGACUCGGAAAUGGAGGAGAGAGAAGAUAGGAACGAACCGCGCCCGGACAUGUCAACCUUCAAGAUAAGGAAGAUGACACCUGUCUAAAUUACUUUAUCUUUAUGUCAUACCCCCGUCCCCUUUCCUCUAAACUUGAGAUCGCGCUGCACUCUCAGUGCGACCUAAAACGGAUGUGUGUAAGCUUUGAUUUCAUACUGGGUAUAUAAUACAAAAUUUAAAAGUGUGACUGAAAAGACAAGAAAACACAGAAAGCGUAAAAAGAUUCAUUUCUGUCUCCGAUCUGUCAAAUUGUAGGUCUUUCAAAAGGGGGAAGGGGGAAAUGAUGUAUUGCACAGUUAGCCAUCCGAGAAAUUUCAAACGAGUUGGAGUUGUUAGAAUUCUCCUCUCAUCGACACAUGUUGUGAGAUAGCGUGCAAGCACUUACGAUAAGUGUACUUGUUACAUAUUGCUAGUAUUUACCAAGUCGCCAGGCGUCGCUGGGAAUACAACGCUUGAUUCUGCAGUACAGGUUCAGUAUCGUACUAGCUAUCCUUUGGUGUAAGAGAAGAUAAGAGAGUGAACACUGUCCAUUCUGUUUAUAUUCUUUUUAUUGAUUAACAAUUACUGUGACGUUAUUCUACAAUAAUGCACAGAUAUAUAACACGCAUAUGUAACACGCAUAUUUGAAAGUAGAGUAGCAGCUACAUACGAUUUCAAAGGAGGAUUUAGUAGACCAGACCAGUCAUGUGCUUUGGGAUAUAACCAACAUUAGUAGAUUAAGACUUUUACUACUUGAUGCUAACAUGUAACACACAAAACAAAUAGAAUAAAUUAUUGACUUAAUUAUACCGUGGUUUUAACAUUCGUUGUA